CACGCGCUCACUAUACAACUCGAGUAGAGAGAGUAAAGCUUCAGCGCGCUGUCCCUCAGUCACACUGGAACACUCACUCAUUGUUCUCUUCAACUAGCUGUCUAGGAAAGGCCCUGGAUAUGGCUACGUCUAUACUUGGGGAAGAGCCGAGGUUUGGAACUACCCCUUUAGCGAUGCUGGCUGCAACCUGCAACAAAAUUGGCAACACCAGUCCCCUCACGACUCUCCCCGACUCCAGCGCGUUUUCCAAAGGCGGAUUUCAUCCCUGGAAAAGAUCCUCGUCGAGCUGCAACUUGGGCUCCAGCCUGCCCGGAUUCACCGUCGCCACAAGCCGAAGCAGCUCCGGACUAACGAGCAGCACCGGCACGGGCAACAGCGCUUUCUGCCUGGCCUCGACCUCGCCAACCUCCUCCGCCUUCUCCGCAGAAUACAGCAGCUUGUUCUCCAACACGGCGAGCGUUUCCUCGCAGGACUCGGGACAGUCCGCCUUCAUUUCCAAAGUUCACUCCUCAGCAGAGACUCUUUAUCCGCGGGUCGGCAUGGCGCACCCUUAUGAAUCGUGGUACAAGUCCGGGUUUCACUCCACCAUCUCGGGCGAGGUGGCCAACGGCGCGUCCACGUGGUGGGACGUGCACACGAACCCGGGCUCGUGGCUCGAGGUUCAAAACCCGGCCGGCACUUUGCAAAGUUCGCUUCACUCCGGAACCCCACAAGCUAUCCACUCCCAACUAAGCGGCUACAAUCCGGACUUCUCGAGCCUCACGCACUCCGCGUUCAGCUCCACUGGCAUCAGCCCCACCGCGUCCCACCUCCUGUCGACCAGCCAACACCUGUUGACCCAGGAAGGGUUCAAAACUGUGAUACCCACUUACACGGACGCGUCGGCCACUAACGCUAUGAUAUCGGGCGCCAGCUCGGGGAUAGGGACCUCGUCCCGGUCCUCACGGAGAUACUCCGGACGGGCCACAUGCGACUGCCCGAACUGCCAGGAGGCGGAGCGGCUCGGGCCUGCGGGCGCCAGCCUACGGAGGAAAGGACUCCAUAGCUGUCACAUCCCGGGCUGCGGGAAAGUCUACGGGAAAACGUCUCACCUCAAAGCGCAUCUGAGGUGGCACACUGGCGAGAGGCCAUUUGUGUGCAACUGGCUCUUUUGUGGGAAACGGUUCACCAGGUCCGACGAGCUCCAGAGGCACCUGCGCACUCACACGGGGGAGAAGCGGUUUGCGUGCCCGGUGUGCAACAAGCGCUUCAUGAGGAGCGACCACUUGAGCAAACACAUCAAAACACACACCGCUGGAGGCGGAGGCAAAAAGGGCAGCGACAGCGACACCGACACCAGCAACCUGGAGACCCCCAGGUCUGAGUCUCCAGAACUGAUUUUAGACGGGGUAAACCCGCGGGUCACGGUCAAAGACCAGUCUCCGCACCACGAGUCCUGAGCGCGACUUACUAAACGCAUUUUCCUCGAGAAAAGGAAACGGGUCUGGACUGGAGUAUGCGACAAACUCUCCAUUUCUUAGAAAAACGAGCGAGACUUGCAUUGGAAAGAGCAAAUGAACACUGGCUGUUUCUGCUGCGCACAGACGAACGCUUCAGCUUUCAGGACGAUGAAGUCUUCAAGGCUCAGUGUUUUAACGGUGGACAUUUGUUGUGGAAUCAGUGUUGGGCAAAAAGAGGGAACUAAAUAACCACGGCUGCCGGUUGAGCUAAAUGUGUACAUAUAUCCACAAAAAAUAACAUGUUACUUUUUUUUUUCCUGUAAAUGUUAUGAUUGUUUUGUGGUGGAUCCUGAAAUUCAGGGAUUUUUUUCUUUCCUUUCGACGCACUUUGUGGAUGUCAAGUAUGUAUGUUACACAGCUAUUUAAAAUUCAUUUAACCUUUCCUUUACCUUGCUCAAAAUAUAUAAAUGUUUAAUUGUAUAAAGUCACGCUUAUAAGGCUUUCAUUUUGUAAUUAAAGGGAUUUAAAAUCUAAAGCUUGGGUUGUCUGAUG